CAAUGAAUCAAACGUCAUAUUAAUAUGGGGUUCGCUUCAACACAAAUCAUGCAUAAUUUCAAGAAUGGGGCACACUUUCUGCAAUACCAAGAAGAUAAUGCUCUAUAAUAUUUUUUUGUUAUCUCUCACCUUAGAUUUUGCAAGUAUGCUCACUUUUGAAAAUGAAUCAGAUCGCUUAGCUCUGCUUGACUUGAAAGCCAGAGUACACAUCGACCCACUCAAAAUCAUGAGUUCUUGGAACGACUCCACACAUUUUUGUGACUGGAUUGGUGUUGCUUGCAAUUACACCAAUGGAAGAGUUGUGGGUUUAAGCUUGGAAGCUCGAAAGCUAACUGGGUCAAUACCUCCUUCUUUGGGGAAUCUUACUUAUCUCACUGUAAUCAGAUUGGACGACAACAACUUCCAUGGAAUAAUUCCCCAAGAAUUUGGUCGACUACUACAAUUACGCCAUCUCAAUUUGUCCCAGAAUAACUUCAGCGGCGAGAUUCCGGCAAAUAUAAGUCAUUGCACAAAACUUGUUAGUCUGGUUUUAGGUGGCAAUGGCCUUGUUGGUCAGAUUCCACAGCAGUUUUUCACGUUAACCAAUUUGAAACUUAUUGGUUUUGCGGCUAACAGUCUAACUGGAAGUUUCCCAUCCUGGAUAGGAAAUUUUUCUUCGUUAUUGAGUAUGUCAUUGAUGCGGAACAAUUUUCAAGGCAGCAUUCCUAGUGAAAUAGGGCGCCUAUCUGAAUUGAGAUUCUUCCAAGUCGCUGGCAAUAAUUUAACAGGUGCGUCGUGGCCUUCAAUUUGUAAUAUAUCGUCUCUGACUUACUUGUCUCUUGGUUACAAUCAAUUCAAAGGAACUCUACCACCAGAUAUCGGACUUUCUCUGCCCAAUCUUCAGGUCUUUGGGUGUUCAGGUAAUAAUUUUCAUGGGCCAAUUCCAAAUUCCCUAGCUAAUAUCGUUAGCCUUCAAAUCAUAGAUUUUUUUGAUAACAAUCUUGUUGGAACGCUACCUGAUGACAUGGGGAACUUGAGAAACUUGGAGCGUCUAAAUCUUGGAGAAAAUAGUCUUGGAAGUGGGGAAGCUGGUGACUUAAAUUUUAUUAAUUCCUUGGUUAAUUGUACUCGGCUAAGGGCUUUGGGUCUAGAUACGAACCAUUUUGGAGGAGUAUUGCCUUCAUCCAUUGCCAACCUUUCAAACCAGCUAACAGCGCUAUCCUUGGGUUAUAAUAUGUUAAGCGGAAGCAUUCCUUCAGGGACUACAAACUUGAUUAACUUGCAAGGUUUUGGAGUGGAAGGAAACAUUAUGAAUGGUAGUAUCCCUCCCAAUAUAGGGAAUCUUAAAAACUUGGUGCUUUUGUAUUUGUAUGAAAAUGAAUUUACUGGACCAAUCCCUUACUCCAUUGGUAACUUAUCUUCCCUCACCAAGCUCCACAUGAGCCAUAACCAACUUGACGGAAGUAUACCAACAAGCUUGGGACAAUGUAAAAGCCUCACAAGUCUUAAGCUAUCUAGUAACAACCUAAACGGUACCAUACCAAAGGAAAUCUUUGCUCUUCCUUCUCUUUCAAUCACUUUGGCCUUAGAUCAUAACUCGUUUACUGGUUCACUGCCAAAUGAAGUGGAUGGCCUACUUGGUCUAUUAGAACUAGAUGUGUCGGAGAACAAACUAUUUGGUGAUAUUCCUAACAAUCUCGAUAAAUGUACUAACAUGGAACGAUUGUAUCUUGGGGGUAACAAGUUUGGAGGAACAAUUCCUCAAUCUUUAGAAGCUCUAAAAAGCUUAAAAAAACUAAAUUUAUCAAGCAACAACUUAUCAGGGCCAAUUCCCCAAUUUCUUAGCAAACUUCUUUUCCUCGUGUCUGUCGAUUUAUCGUACAAUAACUUUGAGGGAAAAGUGCCUAUAGAAGGAGUUUUUUCCAAUUCUACCAUGUUUUCUAUCAUUGGAAAUAAUAAUCUAUGUGGUGGUUUACAUGAAUUACAUUUACCUUUGUGCACAUCUAACCAAACACGUUUGUCUAAUAAGCAGUUUCUAAAAUCAAGAGUGUUAAUCCCCAUGGCAAUUGUAAUCACCUUUGUUGGUAUUUUGGUGGUCUUCAUUUUGGUGUGUUUUGUGCUGAGGAAGUCAAGGAAGGAUGCUUCAACUACUAAUUCACUUUCUGCAAAAGAGUUUAUACCACAGAUUUCUUACUUGGAACUUAGUAAAUCAACGAGUGGAUUCUCAACGGAAAAUUUGAUUGGUUCUGGUAGUUUUGGCUCUGUGUAUAAAGGUGUUCUUUCAAAUGAUGGGUCUGUGGUUGCUGUUAAGGUAUUAAAUCUCCAACAACAAGGUGCUUCGAAGAGUUUUGUUGAUGAAUGUAAUGCUCUCUCAAACAUACGACAUCGAAAUCUCCUCAAGAUCAUAACUUCUUGCUCAAGUAUUGAUGGACAAGGCAACGAAUUUAAAGCUCUAGUUUUUAAUUUCAUGUCCAAUGGAAAUCUUGAUUGUUGGCUUCAUCCAAAAAAUCAAGGGACCAAUCUAAGACGGUUGAGUCUCAUCCAGAGAUUGAACAUUGCAAUUGAUAUUGCAUGUGGACUAGACUAUCUCCACACUCAUUGUGAGACUCCAAUCAUUCAUUGUGAUAUAAAGCCAAGCAAUAUAUUGCUUGGAGAUAUGGUAGCUCAUGUUGGAGACUUUGGGUUAGCUAGAUUCAUGUUGGAAGAAUCAAAUGAUCAAAUAUCCUUUAGUCAAACCAUGUCACUUGCGCUCAAGGGUUCUAUAGGAUACAUCCCUCCAGAGUAUGGCAGUGGCAGUAGAAUUUCUACCGAAGGAGAUGUCUUUAGCUAUGGGAUUCUAUUAUUAGAGAUGAUCAUAGGAAAAAGACCCAUUGAUGACACAUUUGACAAUGGUGUGGAUAUCCACUUGUUUACUGCAACAAUGCUACCUCAUGAAGCAUUGGGCAUAAUCGAUCCAUCCAUAGUAUUUGAAGAAACACAUCAAGAAGAAGAGACCAAUGACGAAAUGCAGAAAAUAGCAAUAGUGAGUGAGCAAGAUUGUAAAGAAAUCGUGCCAAGAUGGAUGGAAGAAUGUCUAGUCUCAAUAAUGAGAAUUGGGUUGUCAUGCUCCUUGAGGGAACCAAGAGAGAGAAUGGCGAUGGAUGUUGUUGUCAAUGAAUUGCAAGCAAUCAAAAGCUCCUACCUCAAGUUUAAGAAGGCACGUCGAAGAUUUCAUAGGCAUUUGGUUUCAUCAAGCUUGAGAGGCAAAUGACUGUAUAAUUUGGCCACAAGCAAAUUUGUUUGCGUUUGAAUAUCCACCAUGCAAAUCAACAGCUUUAAUAUAAAUUUCCUCCUUUUGUUGUUUGAUGAUUGAUUAGAUUAUCUUUUGAAAUUCCAGCAUUCUGCUUCUAGCAAGUACUUCAAAGGCAAGUCUACAGUUUGAAUGCACAUAUGAUUGAUAAUGACUAUGCGUUAAAUUUCCUUGUUAAGAUCCUAAAUGAAAGAGCAGGGAUGUGAUAUUUUUGCUACUUUCAAUUUGGAGGGUUGUGAAUGAAUUGUUAAUGUGUCGGUUUGGCUGUGAUCGGUUCUUGAGUUUGAUUCUCUUAUGUGUAAGCGAGUGUACGAGAUUUUUACUAA